UUGAUAGUUACAUAAUAUUAUAAAAAAAUGUUUCAAUUUCUCCAUGUCAUAAUGGGAUUUCCACACAUAUAACGUAUAUUACAAGCAACCAAAUAAUGAAUGAUAUGCUAGAAAGAGGAGAGGUAGGAUGGCAAGAAGAAAUGAAUGGAAGGAAUUAGUGAUACCAUGCAUAGCCAUGGUUGCUGUAGAGUGCUCCAAUAUAACUGGCGGCAUUCUAUUCAAAGCUGCUUCUUUUAAAGGGAUGAGCUACUUCGUCUUCACCGCUUACUCUUAUCUUUUAAGCACCCUUGUCUUCCUCUUCAUAGCAGCCCUCUUUAAAAGAAAAACACGGCUCCCUCCAUUGAAGUUCCCUCUUUUUUCCAGAAUUUUCCUUCUUGGACUGCUUGGGUUUUCAGGCCAAUUAUGUUUAUUCAAAGGCAUACAACUUAGUUCCCCAACUCUUGCUUCAGCCAUUGGCAAUCUCACACCAGCUUUGACCUUCAUGCUUGCUGUCUUCUUCAGGAUUGAAAAAGUAGCAAUUAGAAGUUCAAGCUGUCAAGCUAAAAUCAUUGGCACCUUUACCUCAAUAUUUGGUGCAUUAGUGAUUACUUUUUACAAAGGACCCAAACUUUUUUCAUUGUCAUCGUCUGUUUCACUUCAAAGGCCGCUAGUGUUUAUGUCAUAUGAGUCAAAUUGGAUCAUUGGUGGCCUCCUGGAAGUUGUUGCAUUCCUUAUUCUUUCAAUUGGGUAUAUUAUCCAGUCCCAAGUAAUGAAGAUUUACCCAGAAGAGAUUACUGUAAAUUUAUUUUCUGGCUUGUUUGGGACCAUUAUAUCCCUACCAAUAUGCAUACUUGCUGAACCAAACUUGAGUUCCUGGGAAUUAAGUUCUAAUGUAGCUGUUGUUUCUGUCUUAUACACGGGACUUUUCGGGUUAUGUUUUGGAUUAGGUGUACACGUAUGGGGCAUACGCCUGAAGGGGCCUGUAUUUGUUGCAAGUUUCAGGCCAGCUUCAAUUGUCAUUGCUGUUGUUAUGAGUGCUAUUUUCCUUGGUGAAGCAGUAUUUCUUGGAAGUGUGUUCGGAACUCUAAUUUUAUCUACGGGAUUGUAUUCCGUAUUAUGGGGAAAAGCAAGAGAAGAAAAAGAAGAAAUAAUAGAUGACUCAAACACCAUUAAUGGAAGAGUCCCUUUGCUACAAAGCCAACAAAGUUGAACAAUGUAGCUGUUUUACCAUGGUUCAGUGCUUCCUCAUUCAUUGCCAUACUAAAAAAAAAACAUUAUUGUGAUUCUCUAAUCAAAUUCGAUCAACUUUAUGAUAUGGAUGCUUGUAUUGCAAUAGGAAUUUUAGUUUUAUUUAUUAUAUCAGGUUUUAUUAAGAGUUUUAGUUUUACUUAUUUUCUCUAUUAUAUUAGGUUUUUGUUUCUUCAUAAACAAGUUAUCAAUUAGGACUCUUUCCUUUGUUAUUAAUCACUUAUAGAAGGUUGUCAAUAUGAAAUAAAGAGGCAAGUAAUUAUUCUAUAAAAAAUAAA